AUGCAGGCUGCAGGGCUGAAUGCAUAUCCGCCAGCAUCCAAGAGCGAAGACACCAUCGUUACCGUCACACCGCACCAACUGGAGCAUGUCUACUCGGCCUCAGCAGAUAGCGCAAAGUCCAAGCUGGGCGGUGGUCCAGUUGCCAUCCCCCAUCUUAAUUCUUGGCUGAAGAACAAUGCCCCAGGCACACGGUCACGCAUGGCCAAACAGGUCAAAGACUAUGCAGAGCAGGCCCGCAAGUUCAUCUUCCGCAUCAAGGACGUACCCCCGAGCAAGGACGGUCGGCACAUUCAACUGGACCCUUGUCGCAAAGACGCCCUCGUAGAUGAGCGCACGGGACAGCCAUACACCAGCAACUGGAUCCGAUCUACACGGUACUCUGCCUGGAACUUUGUGCCCCGUCAGCUCGUGGCCCAGUUCUCCAAGCUAGCAAACUUUUACUUUCUUGUCAUUGCCAUUUUGCAGAUGAUACCUGGCCUUAGCACUACUGGUAAAUUCACAAUGAUCGUACCGCUAAUGUUUUUUGUCACGCUGUCCAUUGCAAAGGAGGGAUAUGAUGAUCUCAGGAGGUAUCGGCUCGACAAGGCGGAAAACAACCGGGAAGCCCAGGUGUUGCGGGCGGGCCCGUCCAAGACCCUCAACUGGGAGAAGAUCAAGUGGCAGGACAUCAACGUUGGCGACAUCAUCAGGCUCAAUCGAAACGACACGGCGCCCGCUGACUUGGCGCUUCUCCACUCGACCGGCGAGAACAAUGUCGCUUUUGUCGAGACCAUGGCACUGGAUGGCGAGACGAACCUAAAGAGCAAGCAAACGGCUGCAUCCGUCUCCAAGUCCAUCAUCGACCAGGAAGACGUCCUCAGCACCCCAGCCGAGUUUGUGGUAGAGGACCCGAACCGUGACUUGUACAACUUCGAAGGCCGUGUCAUACUCGACGGAAAGCAGGCACCACUCACACUCGGCGAGAUCAUCUUCCGAGGCAGCAUCCUGAGAAACACGCCUGAUGCGAUUGGCACGGUCAUCUACUCUGGAGAAGAGUGUCGCAUCCGUAUGAACGCCAACAAGAACCCCCGUAUCAAGGCUCCAUCUCUACAAGGACUCGUCAACCGCAUUGUUAUUCUUCUUGUAGUUUUCGUUGUGCUUCUCGCAGUCUUCAACGCUGUUGCGUACCGCAUCUGGCAGAGUAACGAGAAUAAAAUGUGGUACCUCGCAAACACGUCGGUGGCUCUCUUCCCCAGCAUCACUGCCUUCAUCAUCAUGUUCAACAACAUGAUCCCGCUGUCGCUGUACAUCAGCUUGGAGAUUGUCAAGCUUGCGCAGAUGUGGUUCUUGCACUCGGACAUUGACAUGUACGACCCCGUCUCGGAUACGCCCUGCGAACCACGGACUUCGACCAUCAACGAAGAGCUUGGCCAAGUCAGCUACAUCUUUUCCGACAAGACGGGCACCCUUACGGACAACUCGAUGAAAUUUCGGAGGCUCAGCGUCGCGGGUACAUCAUGGCUGCAUGAUGCCGAUCUGCAGAGCACUAUCCAGAAAAAGCUAAUACACAAGACAAGAAGGAAGGGCAAGCAACGCAGGCAAAGCUUCAAGUCAGCCAAGGCCAUUUCGUCCGAUGGAGCCACAGCCCCGGCGGUGGAAGUAACCGAACAAGCUGAGCCGGCCAAGACUACGCGAGAGCUACGCACAGAGGAUAUGCUUCGCUACAUCCAAAGAAAGCCACACACGCCGUUUUCAAGAAAGGCCCGUAUGUUUCUGCUGUCGCUCGCGCUGUGUCAUACCUGCUUGCCAGAAGUUCAAGAGGACGGCAAGACCCAAUUCAUGGCCUCGUCGCCGGAUGAGCUUGCGCUAGUACAGGCUGCACAAGACAUGGGCUUCCUGCUAAUCAACCGCGACGUCCACACCAUUACGCUUAAAAUCAUGCCCGCAGGAUCUGACUGUGAGCCUGUUUUGGAAGAGUACGAGAUACUAGAUGUAAUUGAGUUUUCCAGCAAGCGGAAGCGAAUGUCUAUUGUUGUGCGCUUCCCAGAUGGCAGAGCGUGCAUCAUCUGCAAGGGUGCUGAUUCGAUCCUCAUGCAGCGUCUCAAGUUGGCUUCACUGGCGAAUAAGAAGAUGGUUGAGAUUGAACGGCGCGCUAAUCUGCGCAAAAGCAUCGAAGUGCAGCAUGCAAUAGCCCGUAGGAGCGAACAAGUUGAGCGUUCAAACAGCGUUGUAGGUCGAAUGAGCAGCAUUGAUGGGCGGAGAAGCAUGACGCUUGGUCAAGCUGCGAGAGCCAGCCUCAACUUGGGCAGGCAAUCGUUCGCUCCCAGUAUUGCCGGUCGGGCAUCUCAAUCGGCAAGGGAGGAGGUCGACCAGUGGUUGCGCGAGCGCCAGUACGAUCGAAUGGACCUGUCAUCCGUCGAAAGCACUCCUGCGCAGACACCCCGUCCGUCCGGUGUGGAUCGGUUCAGCAUGGCAUUUUCAGAGGCUCGCAGCUCGAUGCAACUCGAAGACAUGGAGGCCAUGGUCGACGAAGGCCUUGCUGGUGAUGACACUGCCGUCAUUGAGCGCUGUCUUCAACACAUCAACGAGUACGCGACCGAGGGCCUUCGAACUCUGGUUUACGGAUACCGAUUCCUAAAUGAGGACGAAUACCAGCUGUGGAAGAAGGGCUAUCUCGAUGCUACCACGAGCCUCGUUGACCGGACACGCCGAAUUGAAGAGGCUGGUGAUUUGAUUGAACAGGAGCUGGAGCUGUGUGCCGCAACCGCCAUCGAAGACAAGCUGCAAAAAGGUGUACCUGAGGCCAUUGACAAGCUCCGGAGAGCCAAGAUCAAGAUGUGGAUGCUUACAGGUGACAAACGCGAGACGGCCAUUAACAUUGGUUACUCGUGCCGGCUGAUCAAGGAAUUCUCUACAGUCACGGUCCUCGACCACGAAGCCGGCGACGUGCCGGAGACGAUUGGCUCAGCUGUCUUGGCCAUCUCGCGCGGCACGGUAGCCCAUUCAGUCGUCGUGGUUGAUGGCCAGACGCUUUCCAAGAUUACCAGCAGCGAAACCCUCGAUGCUCUGUUCCACGAGCUGGCCGUCCUGGCAGACUCUGUCAUCUGCUGUCGCGCUUCGCCGUCGCAAAAGGCAGAGCUCGUCAAAAGCAUCCGCAAGCGCGUCAAGAAGAGCAUCACGCUGGCGAUUGGCGACGGAGCUAAUGACAUUGCAAUGAUCCAAGAAGCACAUGUUGGAAUUGGCAUCACUGGAAAAGAAGGUCUCCAGGCAGCGCGCACGAGCGACUACUCAAUCGCUCAGUUCCGCUUCUUAACCAAACUGCUUCUCGUACACGGACAUUGGAACUACAUUCGCACGUGCAAGUACACCGUCAGCACAUUCUGGAAAGAGUUGUUUUUCUAUCUCGCGCAAGCGCUCUACCAACGAAGCGCCGGAUAUACCGGUACCUCGCUCUACGAAUCGUGGUCGCUCUCCAUGUUCAACACACUCUUUACGUCGCUGCCCGUCAUCUUCAUGGGUGUAUUUGAGAAGGAUCUCUCGGCCUCGACACUGCUUGCCGCUCCUGAACUGUACACGAUAGGCCAGCGAAACGGCGCGUUCAACUUUCGCGUCUUCCUGGCGUGGAUGUUCAUGGCCAGCUCCGAAGCCAUGCUGGUCUAUUUCUGCAUGUGGAGUCUAUACGGGCAUGCCCCGUGGACGGGAGAUGAUUCUAUCUUUGCACUUGGAAGUCUUACCUUUACCAUUGCCGUCUUUCUCAUCAAUCUCAAGAUCCAGUUCAUCGAAACACACAGCAAAACGAUCACAAACGCCAUUGCGAUUUGCCUCUCCCUUGGCGGCUGGUUCCUCUGGAACAUCAUCCUGUCUGUGGCCUACGACUCGGGCAACCAAAUCUACUACGUCAGCAACGCCUUUAUCCACGGCUGGGGCUCGUCACUUCCCUGGUGGCUCACCUUCAUCCUCAUUCUCGUCGCCGCUCUCAUAUUCGAAUUCGCAGUGCAGAGUCUCCGCUCAGCAUUCUUUGCUACGGACGCAGACGUAUUUCGUGCCUUGGAAAAGGACCCCGACAUUAAGCGCCGGUUUGAAGAGGAGGCGAGUACCGAGUUGCAGAUGGGCUGGGGAUGUACGAAUGAAAGCGCGGGUGCGAGUAAAAAAGGGUGGUUUGGCAAGAGGGUUUGGAGGAGCAAGAAGAAUGCGGAGAAGAGCCAAGGCGAGAUUGAUGAGUUGGUCAUGAGGAGGGUGCAGAAUCAGGAUGUGGGUGGUGGUGGUAGUGGUGGUGAUGCAGAGGAUGGGGGGGAUAUAGAUCGGAUUUUGAGUCGGGGGUAUGGCCAUGUGAGGGCUGCGUAG